UUUAAUAUGAAGAUUUCUAACAUAAAGCAAUUGAAAAUUUUAGCGUCAGAAUGGAAACAAAAUUCUGCGUAUGCCGAAAAGUAUAAUAAAAGGAAUAAAACUAUCGAAUUUCACAAAAAAAGUAAUCUUCGCCCAACCUCAACUUUACGCUUGACGAGGGUGCAUUUAGCUUCAAAAUAUUUCAAAACGGCGAUUGCAUACUUAAAACAGGGGCUAGAUUUCGUUUGGAAGAUGGAGUCAUUUGUAGAAGUUCACGCCAGUGAGGAAAGUUCUCUGAUCGCCAUUCACUUGGGAGUGGCCAGAAACGAUUCUUUUACACAUGGCUCAAGCAGCUCACUACUUCCGGUCUUUGACUAAGUAUCCUCUGGGUAGCCUAAGAACAUCCGUUCGAAGGCGAGCUAAUGUGAGAAGGCGAAACAUUCCCUACAUAGGGUUGUGCGCUUGGCUUGGGACCCGCCACGUAAAAAACAAUACCACUGAAAAAUAAAACACAGCCUCGGAUGAGAGACCCCCCUUUUUAUGACGACCAUGGCAAACGGAAUAAGGACUACCAUUUGAGGGCAUGCACCUGGAAUGUCCGGACCCUUAAUUGGGAAGGUGCCGCUGCCCAGCUGGUUGAUGUCCUCGCAAAAAUAAAGGCUGACAUCACCGCCGUCCAAGAAAUGCAAUGGACGGGACAAGGACAGAGACGAGUAGGUCCUUGUGACAUUUACUACAGUGGCCAUAUAAAGGAGCGCAAGUCUGGUGUUGGAUUCGUGGUGGGAGAGAGACUCCGUCGCCGAGUACUAUCAUUCACUCCGGUGAAUGAACGUCUAGCCACAAUCGGCAUCAAAGCGAGGUUCUUCAACAUAUCGCUGAUUUGCGCCCACGCCCCGACGGAAGAGAAGGACGAGGUGACCAAAGACGCCUUCUAUGAGCGCUUGGAGCGCGCUUAUGAGAGCUGCCCCCGCCACGAUGUCAAAAUCGUGCUUGGCGACUUUAACGCCAGGGUGGGCAAAGAAGGUAUUUUUGGCAGUACGGUCAGUAAAUUCAGCCUCCACGACGAAACAUCCCCAAAUGGGUUGAGGCUGAUUGACUUCGCCGGGGCCCGAAAUAUGGUUAUCUGUAUUACUAGAUUCCAGCAUAAGAAGAUUCACCAAGCUACCUGGCUGUCUCCGGAUCGAAAAACUACCAACCAGAUCGAUCAUGUUGUGAUAGAUGGAAGACACGUCUCCAGUGUUUUAGAUGUGCGUGCGCUCCGAGGUCCUAACAUCGACUCGGACCACUAUCUUGUUGCAGCUAAGAUUCGCACUCGCCUCUGUGCAGCAAAAAACGCACGCCAACAAACACAAGGAAGGUUCGACGUCGAGAAGCUGCGAUCACAACAGACAGCCGAGCGAUUUUCUACUCGGCUUGCACUCCUGCUCUCUGAGAGCACUCAUCAACAACUCGGUAUAAGGGAACUGUGGGACGGCAUUUCAAAUUCCUUACGUACAGCUGCAACCAAAACCAUUGGUUUUCGGAAAGAGAAAAAGAACAGCUGGUACGACGAGGAGUGCCGUGUCGCAGCGGAGAGAAAACAGGCUGCCUACCUCCCAAAUCGAAAAUGCUCGAAAAUUCUACGAAACGAUGCGGCGGCUUACAGAAGGUCAUCGGCCUCAACACCCGCGCCGUUAGAUCUAGAUCUGCUUUCUCUAGGCUGGACAAGGAAGCACAGAAAAUGGGUCUGGUAGUGAACGAGGGCAAAACGAAAUAUCUCCUGUCAUCAAACAAACAGUCGUCGCACUCGCGACUUGGCUCUCACGUCACUGUUGACAGUCAUAACUUUGAAGUUGUAGAUAAUUUCGUCUAUUUAGGAACCAGCAUUAACACCACUAAUAAUGUCAGCCUGGAAAUCCAACGCAGGAUUGCUCUUGCCAACAGGUGCUACUUCGGACUGAGUAGGCAAUUGAAAAGUAAAGUCCUCUCUCGACGAACAAAAGCUAAACUCUAUAAGUCGCUCAUAAUUCCCGUCCUGCUAUAUGGUGCAGAGGCUUGGGCGAUGACAGCAACCGAUGAGUCGACGUUACGAGUUUUCGAGAGAAAAAUUCUGCGAAAGAUUUAUGGUCCUUUGUGCAUUGGCCACGGCGAAUAUCGCAUCCGAUGGAACGAUGAGCUGUACGAGAUAUAAGACGACAUUUGACAUAGUUCAGCGAAUUAAAAGACAGCGGCUACGCUGGCUAGGUCAUGUUGUCCGGAUGGAUGAAAACACUCCAGCUCUGAAAGUAUUCGACGCAGUAUCCGCCGGGGGAAGCAGAGGAAGAGGAAGACCUCCACUCCGUUGGAAGGACCAAGUGGAGAAGGACCUGGCUUCGCUUGGAAUAUCCAAUUGGCGCCACGCAGCGAAAAGAAGAAACGACUGGCGCGCUGUUGUUAACUCGGCUAUAAUCGCGUAAGCGGUGUCUACGCCAAUUGAGAAGAAGAAGAAGAUUUCGUUUUCGCACAGGGCAGCGCUCGUCUACUGAUGAUAAGGUUUUGUUGUCUGCCACUUUUGAUUUAUUUUUUACGGUUUCGAUACUAAUUUUAUGGAAUGGAAUGGCUCCUAUUAAUUGUUUUAGAUAUUUCUCGCCAGGAUUUCUUAUCUUCGGAGUGCUUCACAAUCAAUUGUGUAAUUUUGAGACUAGUUUGACCACUAUACCUCCCAUCUUUAGUUUUAUUAAAAUUUUGCUAAAAUUCUCUUUACAUUAAAAAAUAAUUGUAUGAUCUAUAUGCGCUGGUGAUCUACCGAUAUAUGUAACAAACAUAAGAGAAGUUGGCUGCGAGUUGAGUAUGGGCGUGUGGGAAAAAGACUCCGUCGCCGUAUCAAAGCGAAGUUCUUCAACAUAUCGCUGAUUUCCACCCACGCCCCGACUAAAGAAAAGGGCGAUAUGACCAAAGAUGCCUUCUAUAAGCGCUUGUUGCGCACAUAUGACAGCUUGCCCCGCCACGAUAUCAAAACCGUGCUUGGCGACUUUAACGCCAGGGUAGACAAAGAUGGUAUCUUUGGCACAACAGUCGAAAAAUUCACCAAACCAAGCUUGUCUCCGGAUCAGAAAGCCACCAACCAGAUCGAUCAUGUUGUGAUAGACGAAAGACACGUCUCCAGUGUUUCAGAUGUGCCUACGCUCCGAGGUCCUAACAUCGACUCGGAACACAUUGCUAUAUUGUAACAAAGAUACGCACCUGUCUGCAGAAAAACACUCACGUCACAACCACAAGGAAGGUUCCACGUCGAAAAGAUGCAAUCACAAAAGACAGAAUUUCGAAUAAUUACCCGACUGAAAUACAACAAAGCGGCGGUUGCCGAUGAAUUCCUGGCCGAGCUAUUCAGACACGGCGGCGAAAAACUGAUAAGGUACAUGUACCAGCAUCUUUGUAGAAUAUGGUCGGACGAAGAAUGAUCAACGAUUGGAAUUUAGGUGAGCUCUGCCCAAUUCACAAAAAGGGAAACCUCACAAUCUGCGGCAACUACCGUUGGUCUCCUAACAAUCGUAUAUAAAGUUCUAUCGGGCGUAUUGUGUGAAAGAUUAAUUCCCACCGUGUGGCUUUAGGCUUGGUAAUUCAACAACCGAAAAGAUAUUCACCAUGAGCCAAAUUUUGGAAAAGACCCGUGAAAAGAAAAUCGACACACACCACCUCUUCGUCGAUUUCAAACCUGUUUUUGACAGCACGAAAAGGAGCUGCCUUUAUAAGGCGAUGUCUGAAUUUGGUAUCCCCGCAAAACUAAUACGGCUGUGUAAACUAACGUUGAGCAAUACCAAAAGCUCCGUCAGGAUCGGGAAGGACCUCUUCGAGCCGUUCGAUUCCAAACGAGGUUUCAUGCAAGGCGACUACUUAUCGUACAACUUCUUAUCUUCACUUCAAUCGAACUUUGCAGAAAAUAAUCGAGCAGUUAUAAUCUUCUAUAAAAGUGUACAGUUGCUGACGUAUACUGAUGAUAUUAAUCUCGUUAGUUCUGAAUAAGGAACAGAAGCUGGUAGUGAUAGAGGGCAAGACGAAAUGUCUCCUGUCAUCAAACAAACAGUCGUUGCAUUCGCGAGUGGGCUCCCAUGUCACUGUUGGCAGUCGUAACUUCGAAGACGUAGAUAAUUUCGUCUAUCUUCGAGCCAGCAUUAUCAGCAACAACAAUGUCAGCCUGGAAAUCCAACGCAGGAUUGCUCUUGCCAACAGGUGCUACUUCGGACUGAGUAGGCAAUUGAGAAGUAAAGUCCUCUCUCGACGAACAAAAACCAAACUCUAUAAGUCACUCAUAAUUCCCGUCCUGCUUUAUGGUGCAGAGGCUUGGACGAUGACAACAAAUGAUGGGUUGACGUUGCGAGUUUUCGAGAGAAAAGUUUUGCGGAAGAUUUACGGACCUUUGCGCGUUGGUCACGGCGAAUAUCGCAUUCGAUGGAACGAUGAGCUGUAUGAGAUAU